AUGGUGGUGCCCAGCAGUGAAGCCUACAGGCCACUGCGUGCUCCCGAGCUGCGCUGGCUGUGCACCCAGCGCGGCCUGAGCCCUUAUGGCUUCAAGCAAGACUUGGUUGCCAGGCUCGACGAGCAAGACCGGCAGGGAGUGGAAAGCUCUUCGGAGUGUAUUGCCGCAGGCCUCGAGCCUUUCCGAGAGUUGGAGGAGCUGGCAUCGCAGUACGCGGCGAACCCGAACAACCUCAGCCCUGUCAGCGUGAACCCGCGGGUGGCUGCCACACCCAAAACGGCAGCCAAAGCCAAGGAGCCGCCGCAGACAAAGGCGACACCGGAGCCAGCUGUAGAGGCAACGCCUUCGGCCAUGGCCCCCGCCCAAGCCAAGAUGCCCCCGAUGCCGAUGCCCAUGCCCCAGCCGGGCCCGGCCAAGCCACUCACCGAAGACGAGCGAGCCCUCAGGGGCCUGCUGGAGUUCUUCGCAUGCUCAGAUGUGAAGGGUCAGAGCAAGCUCUUUGCCGUCAAGUACCGGGAGUUUGUGCGGACUGUCUUCGACUUCUUUCAGUCCGACACGGUCUCGGGAAUGACGGGAACGCCCACGUCAAGGGCAAGCACUGCAGCUGCUGCCGCUGUUUCUGCUGCCGCUGCGACCACUGACGCCAUCCUCCGAGGAAACAUCGCGGAGGCCCCGGAUGGCGCCGCCAACCCGAACGAGACCUGGUCUGCCGAGAUGUGGCAGAAGUGCCAGGAGGUCAUCGCCACGCACCUCGAGGUCUGCCACCUGCAGAUCAAGCACGACGCGCUCUUCGCGGAGCUGGAGGCGAUGUCCAAAGCCGCCGCAGAGAAGACGGACGAGAUCAAGGAAGUCCAAGGCAGACUCGAUCAGCUCAUGCAGAACGAGGCGCAGCAGCGCCAGCACCUCAUGGAGCGCGCGCGGGUUCAGAUCGGCGCCUGGCUUGAUCGGUCGUAG